AUGUCUCAACAACCACCGUUGACAGCUCGCCUGUACGGUCUACUUGAUCCAUUGCUCUUGAUCUCUGGAAGUGCAAAAGCCUUUACCAAACACGCCUUCCAGACAUUCAUUCUGCAAGGCACCUUUCCCACGCCGUCAGCCGUGUUUCGGGUCAGAGAUGAGUCGUUUAGCAAGUGGUGGACAAAGGCGACUGCUCCCAUCGAUCCGCCACCACCACCAGUGGGAUCCUCCGCCCUCGUGGCGCCCAUCCUGUCCCACGCACAUGGGGUGGUGUUGGACAUCGGGCCAGGCACCGGCCCUCACGUCUCUGCCUUCUCCGACAACGCCAACAUCACCGCCAUCUAUGGCGCCGAACCUGCCGUGGGCCUCCAUCCAGCCCUCCAGGACCGCAUCGACAAAGCCGGCCUGACGGCCAGAUACCACAUCCUGUCCUGCACGGCCGACAAGAAGGACCUCCUCGCCGCGCUGGCCAAGCAGGGGCUGGCAAGUGCUGCUGCCGGCGACCGCGACCGAGACGGCCUUUUCGACACCAUCGUCUGCGUGCGAGUCUUGUGUUCGGUCCCUGACCCAGACCAGGCCGCGAGGGACCUGUACUCUCUCCUCCGGCCCGGCGGGGAACUGAUGGUCGUCGAACACGUCAAGAACCCGUGGACCACGGCGAACGGCAGCGUUCUCGGCAGGGCCAUGCAGAUCCUCUGCACCUUGAUCGGCUGGCAAUUCUUCCUCGCCGGGUGCAGCCUGAUUCGGGACACUGCGUCAUAUCUGAAGAACGCUGGCAAGUGGGAAGCCGUGAAUAUCAAGUGGAAUUUCCCCUGGGCGCCUUUGCCUUACGUCUCUGGCACCUUAACAAAGGCGAGAUGA